CACACUCCUCGUCCUCGCCGCCAUGGAACUCCUCUCCCUCCACUUCCUGCACCCGCGAACCGGGCGCCCUUCACUUCCCCUCGCCGCCGCAGCGCCAUCAAACACCAGGCGGCCGCAGAGCCGCACGUACCUGCUGGCGCCACCACGACGCACGCGCGGCGCGCCCCGGCUGUCGGUGUCCGCCGUGGCGGCCGAGAAGCCCCGAGCCGAGGAAGCGCCGCCGUCCCCGUCCAAGACGGAGGCAUUCGAUUGGCUAGACCAGUGGUACCCGAUCGCCCCUGUAUGCGACCUCGACCCGCGGGCGCCGCACGGCAAGGUGGUGCUGGGACUCAGCGUCGUCGCCUGGUACGACCGCGGCGCCGGCGAGUGGCGCGUGUUCGAGGACGCCUGCCCGCACCGCCUCGCGCCGCUGUCGCAGGGCCGCAUCGACGGCAAGGGACGGCUCCAGUGCGCGUACCACGGAUGGUGCUUCGACGGCGCCGGCGCGUGCGCGUUCAUCCCGCAGGCGCCCGCCCUCGGCCCGCCGGUGCACGAGAACCGCAGGGCGUGCGUGGCGUCGUACCCCUGCGUGGUGCAGAACAACAUCCUGUGGUUCUACCCGAGGACGGAGGCCGAGCACAGGGACGUGCUGCGGCGGAAGCGGCCGCCGUACUUCGCCGAGAUCGACGACCCGUCCUACUUCACCACGUUCGGCAUGAGGGAUGUCUCCGUGGGGUAUGAUGUGGCGGUAGACAACAUCUUCGACAUUGCGCAUGUCCCGUACGCGCACAAGGGGCUGCUACCCUACUUUCGCGACGAGGAAGAUCCCGGAAGAGUUGAGCAUGACCAAGAGUGCGGUGAGCCGAUCAAGAUGGAGAUAGAGCAUGCUGAUGUGCAUGGGUUCCUGUCCAAGAUGAAAGGAGGCAGCAUCCGGUUUGUGGCGCCAUGCACGUUCCACGGCACACCUGCUAGUACCAAAGUGGCUGCCGGUGGCGAGGCGGCAGUUUGGUUCAUGCUGGUUGCCCUCAUCAUCCCUGUUGCUCCAGGGAGGAGCAGGGUGAUCUGGGCGUUCCCGAGGAACGCCGGGGUUUGGCUCCACAAGCUCAUACCACGGUGGUUCUUCCACAGCGUCACAAAUCGGGUUAUCGAUUCAGAUGUUUGCCUCAUGCAUGUUGAGGAGCGCAAAUUUGCCGCGGCGGGACUGGAAAACUGGCACAGAUCUUGCUACGUGCCGACAUCUUCAGACGGCAUGGUGGUCGCCUUCAGGGACUGGUUCAGGAAACACUGCAACCAUCAGGUUGGCUGGGGAGCCCCACAGCCCGACCACCAGCUGCCACCAAGCUCUACCAAGGAUCAUCUCCUGGAGAGGUACUGGUCGCACGUCGCGCAGUGCACGAGCUGCAGCGCGGCGCUGAGGAGCAUGAGGCUGCUCGAGGUCGCGCUGCAGGUCAUGUCGGUCUCCGUCAUCGGAUCCCUCGCCGUCGCCAAAGGGUCGUCGUUGCUCACGUCGGUUGUUCAGAGAGCCGUAGUUGUGACUGCAGCCGUGUUGUGCUUCAUGGCGUCUCGGUGGCUUGCUACUUACAUCGAGAAGAACUUCUAUUUUCAGGAUUUCAUUCACUCUUACAACUGAGUUAUACACUAUUAUAAUCUUGGGGAAGUCAUGGAUGUUCUAGAGCUAUUUGUUGCAGAUUACAAGUUGUGCUAGUGGUGGGAUAAGGCGUUUUGAAUGUACGCAAAAUGUCUUAGCUCGUGAUAAACUUAAGUAGCUCUCUUUUAAUUUUAUCCAUAACUAACGCCCUUCCCGGAAAAAGAUAAGAUGGUUACUAUAGAUGUUAGGUCAAUUGUGAUUUUUCAUCUUGGUAUGCUGCUCUUUUAAA